AUGUCUACACAGGCGAAUUCUACUAGGCGAGCAGUGGAGAAGAAUCGCAUUCGGAUCCCUUCGUGUGAACCGUGCCGAUUGUCGAAGCUCGCCUGCGAUCACAAGCGUCCUGCGUGCUCCCGCUGCGUCAACCGUGAGAUUACUCCGCAAUGCGUCUACAGAAAGAACCCCUUUAAGAGGCAUAGGCCGAUUGUGGUAUCUGAGCAUCAUCAUGUACUUCCAGCCGGUACCACAAAUGGCACAUCCCCUGAGAAACCAGUGGCUACUUUCCAGAUGAAGCCGUAUCCAAACCCAGGUUAUCAAGGAUCGUCAUCUUUAAAGACCGUCUUGGACAAUCUUGGGGACCACCUAGCUGUCAGAAUUGAUACCUCGCGACCUCACGUUACCGAUCAGCAGUCAUCCCGAGAUGCUGUUCUGCGGGCAGACAGCUCUAAGAUGGUUGAUGAAGGCGUCCAGCUAUUAGACACUUUUCUUAACUAUCUUGCUGACGACGCUUUUCGACAACUUUUCUCCGAUGCAAAAGGGAAUGGUCUACAAACCCAUUUGGGGACCUUUUUACUGUUCCCAUUCUUCGAGAGUCUCGCAAAUGAGAUUGAUAUUAUACGACAGUCGCAAAAUCGGCAGGCUAGCUUGUUUGCGCUAUCCCAACGACUCUUUGAAAAGGCAAAUCAGCCUGUGGAAAUUCAUAGCGCCAUGUCCCUUGAAGAGUUCGCAGCUCAGUAUACAGGACUGAAUCUGCGGUGGGAGACAGUGGGUUUGAUUAUUACAUUGGCCGGAAUUGCUUCCACCGAGAUACGGGUUCCUCACCCCGCGUGCAAAACGGAAGAGGAGCGUCAAUUGUUGAGGACAAAUUUGGUUCAUUUAACCAAUAAGUCUGUUGGAUUUUGUGACUCCUUGGACACUCUAAAUGACAUCACUAUGAUAUUUAUAUACGAGAGUUUCCUUCUUGCUUCAAUAUUUUACGGUGAUCAAAGUUUCAAGGCAUGGAGAAGACUCAAUCAUGCGUCCAGUGCACUUUUUGCAGAUGGACUUCACGAGACUGUCAAGGAGAAAGAAUAUCUUCCUUUCUUCCUAACUCAACUACGCCAGCAAAUCUUUGCUCGAAUUUAUGGGUCCGAUAUUAGUUUUGCUGUCUUUUUAGGUCGGCCUCCACGAGUUAGUAAACGUUUUUGCUAUACCAGUAUGCCUCUCGACAUUGAAGAGGAUACAUAUAGCUUAAAGGGUGAGGCUUUGGACCGGGAACUGGCACACCUGGACCGAAGCGGCUGGAACACGCUCGGACAGAUCAGGAAAAGUGCUGUCGUACGAUGGUCCAUGAUCACUUCUAUGAUCCGGGAAGAUGCUCUAGAAACUUUGCUUGGACGAAAUCUCACAAACGUACCACAGCGAAUCAGCGAGCUUCAAGCGAAGAUUGACCAUGCAUGGAAAGACCUUCCUCCAUUUCUCACAAUGCCAACCCGCGAUCUGUGGAUUAAAGGUCGCUCAUGCCAUGAGGUAGACACAUUACAUCAGAUCCGCCUGCUUUACCUCAAUACCACUUUCUUAAUCGAAUGGGCGGCUUCGCGGCAUGGUCUUGAAGAUAACGGUGCUUUGUUUGUCAACGCAAGUGAACUGCUUUCGUGGGUUAUCGAAGCUUUAGUCAGACGCGAACAACUCUCUGAAAUAGGUUUGAUCUCUCUGGCAUGGAGGGUUGCAUCGUGUGCUUUACCCGCUGCUGGCGCUAUUGCCUGGUACCUCCUACAGCCAUCGUCUCGUGUGGGAUUUCAUCUUGAUUCAUCUUCGAGACGACGCAGCAUAGAAAAUCUCUCAGUGCUCAUCGCUCACAUGGGUGUCCUACAUGAUCCUGGCGAUGGAAAUUAUCAGCUUUUCUGUCAUGCAAAAAAUGCUCUACAAUCUGCAAUGGACACUAUCCUUAGCCCUUCAGAUCCUGGUCAGCCUGAAAAUUCCUUGGACAUGUUGUCCACCGCUGCCCUGUCACCAGAUUGGAUGUUUUCGGACUACUUGGGACUUGGUGUGGAUUCCUGGUACGUUCUCCUUCGUGAUGCGUUGUAA